CAAGAGUCCAAGUAAAAGCAGUGCCUCACGUUGUUCUGGGCUCUGGGCAAUAACUAGCUAGAACAAAUAAACAAAAAUAAAAUGAAUAACAAAACCAACAAUGGAGGUUAUGAAUAAUAUUUAAUAAAAUUUCAAUUCGAUACGGUCAUAAUUCCCAUCUACGAAACAUGGAAAACGUUCAAAACUCAGAUGCAUAUUUUUUAAUCCAAAAAUUCUUAUCCUCUGGCUUGCUGAAGAAAACGUUAAAAGUUUUCAAUGAAGAACUGGAGGAACACAAGAUAUUGCCAACCCGUAUUGAUUGGGAAGGUAAUAAACAUGACAGAACAGUCGAGGAUAUGGUUAGACAGUUUCCCAAUAUACGACCGGACUAUUUACUACAUUUGUGCGACCAGGCAAUGAAAUCCAAAGAGCAAGAUGCGUUAAGUAAGAGUAAAUCUUUCCUGAGUUUCCGGCCUAAUGUACACGUAGGCAAUGAAUUUUUGACGAAUUUUGGACAACUAUUUAACUAUGUGACUAGGCUGCAUGGAAUUCCAAUACAGAAUAUUAAAUUGUCUUGUAAUUUAGCUAAUUCUUUAAGGAGCAGAGAAAUUUCUGGGCCAUUGACUAGGCACAGGACUAUUACACCAAAACUAUUUACUUCAAUGCAGAUACAGAGAACAACCGUUGGACAUUUAUCAUCAGUGUAUUGUCUACUAUUUGACCAUUCAGGAAAAUAUAUCAUCACAGGAGCAGAUGAUCUAUUGAUUAAAUUAUGGUCAGCUCACACUGGACGGCUAAUAUCAGUGUUUCGAGGAGCUUCUUCCGAAAUAACAGAUAUUGCGAUUAAUUCAGAAAAUACUCUCCUAGCUGCUGGCUCGAUAGAUAGGAUCUUGAGGGUUUGGAAUUUACAGAACGGGACACCUGUGGCAGUUUUAACUGGCCACACUGGUAUGAUAACGUCGGUGAAUUUUUGCCCAACUCGCUGUCUGGAUGUACACUAUUUAAUCAGUACCAGCACGGACGGAUCUAUUGCUUUUUGGCCAUAUACUUAUGAAUCUGGAAUUAAACUAGAGUUUAGGAACAACCCUAUUCUAUACCAAGAAAAAAUUCGUCCAGGCCAAGCUCAAAUGAUUUGUUCCUCAUUCAGUCCCGGAGGCACAUUUCUUGCUACAGGCUCUGCAGACCACCACGUUAGAGUCUACUACAUGAAGGGCGACGAAGGCCCUCACAGGAUUUUGGAGAUGGAGGCCCACAGUGACAGAGUCGAUUCCAUUCAGUGGGCGCAUGCUGGAUUGAAGUUUCUUUCUGGUAGUAAAGAUGGCAUGGCGAUUAUUUGGUGGUUCGAAAAGCAGCAAUGGAAGAGCAUACAUUUGGAUAUGACGACUAAAUUGACCACAUUAACAAAUGCCCCGGAAGCCGAUUCAAAAAAGCUGAAAGUAACAAUGGUCUGCUGGAACAAGUCAGAUCUGUGGGUAGUAACGGCCGUUAGCGACCACAACUUAAAAAUUUGGACUUCCAGCACUGGCCAGUUGGUGAAAGUGCUUACGGGCCACACCGAUGAAAUCUACGUCCUGGAAGCCCAUCCACACGAAGACAACGUCAUGCUUUCUGCAGGCCACGACGGCCAAUUGUUCAUCUGGGACAUUUUGAAAGGCGAAAUAGUUUUUAAAUUUUUGAAUACCUACGACGGUCAAGGGUAUGCUUCUGUUUAUGAUGUCAAAUGGAGCCCUGAUGGUUGUGUGGUUGCUGGAUCGGACUCUCAAGGCCAUAUCUUGAUAUUCGGGUUUGGGACUGGUAGUCCUUUUUUCCAACAGCUUCCUCAAGAAUUGUUCUUUCAUACCGACUAUCGUCCUUUGGUGAGGGACUCUAACCAUGCGGUGCUGGACGAACAAACUCAGAUACCGCCCCAUCUAAUGCCUCCCCCCUUUUUGGUGGAUAUCGACGGCAAUCCCUAUCCUCCGAUGCUUCAAAGAUUAGUUCCUGGUCGGGAACUUUGCAACGUCGACCAGUUGGUUCCUAAUAUCGUCAUAGGCAACGAAGGGACACAAGAAGUUAUCCAAGAUCUUCCACAGAAUCACGUUGUAGCCAUUCAGGAGAAUCAGCAGGAAGACCGGGAGCAAGGUUCUUCGUUUAGACCUGGACGCAGACCAUCCGUUAGGGACCACGAACGCAUCAGACAGAGCACAGGUGACUGGCAAAAAGAUCCGACUUUCAAAUGGCAGAAGAACGUACUAGUGGAACCUCUCAGCCCGGCUGUUUUGGAAAAUUCGAGAGAGAUUAGGGAUUGUAUCAAAGACGCUGAGAUGGAGGAAUACCAGAAGCAGCUAAGACAGAGGCCUCAUAUGAUCAGCAUCAACACUUCUAGCAACAUUAAAAAGAGGGACGAAAGGAAGAAGAAAACUAAAUAUGUGACGAGAUCUGCCGUAACGUAUGAGUACAAGGACGACGAAUCUUCGGAGAUCGAAAACAUUUACGAAACGUCCGACUCAUCAGAUUGGGUGGCAGAAGAAGAACAAGAACGCGAACGCCCUAAACGUUCUUCUCGGCGCCACCCACGCCAAACCACGCGUAUAUCGGAUUCAGAUGGGGAAGAAGACGAAGAUAUCGACGUAGAGGUGUACGAAGACGAAGACUACGAUGAAAGUUACAACGACGAUUCGAAUCCUAGCUACAGCAAGGCCGGUAGUUCGUCCAGGAAGGAGAACGGUGCAGCUAAACUGAAGAAUAGCAAAAGUGAUCGUUCAAAUUUUAAGGAAUCUCAAACGAACAGAGGUCCCAAAAAAGAAACUCCAACCAGAAAGUCUAAGCAACCUGCCAGUAGUAAAGGUUCGGACAGUAACAAAGACAACGGUAGUAGCUCAAGUAGAACCAACUCGAACAGAAGUAUUUCUGCGAAAAUUGACAGUACUAGUCGUCAAAAUGGUAGUGCCAGUAAAGAAACUAACCAAACGAAUAAGAACAGUGUCACAAACAGCUACUCUUCGAGCUCGAGCGUACCUAGAACAUCUAAAUUGACGAAGAUCUCUGAGCAAUACAGACUCAGCGAAUGGUUAUCAGAGACGCGUCCCAGAAAGUCUCCUUAUUAUCCACAAUUGGGAGACGAAAUCGUGUAUUUCAUCGAAGGCCACCAGCUGUACCUUAACGCCGUGGAAAUGAAAAACGUCUAUGAAAUCAGCGUCAAGGAUUUGCCUUGGCAUAAGAUGACAAUAAGGGAUCGAGAAUUCGCCAAAGUUAUCGGCAUUCAGUACGAAAUCAAACCGCCCAGAUUGUGCUGUUUAAAACUAGCACUGAUGGACGAAUCCGGAAGACUGACAGGCAAAGUUUUUUCUGUGAAAUACCACGAUAUGCCCGACGUUCUAGAUUUUUUUGUAUUGAAACAAAUUUACGUCACGGCGAUGUCCAGAACGUGGAAAAAUGGAAACAAAUUCAGGUGUAUGAUAGACGACGAAUGGUGGAUAGGUGAGAUCAUCAAUAAAGCUCCAGCCAGUGAUGCUUAUCCCGAUUCUUCUGUUUUGUGUUACGAGAUCAAAUGGAAUAACGGAGAGCAGGAGAGGAUGAGUCCCUGGGAUAUGGAAAUUAUUGAUCCAGAAAGAAUGCCUGAAGAUGAAAGUCAGUCCAUUCCAGUUUUAGAAGAAGAACUUACCUCAAUACUGUAUAAAACGAUACAAUGUGACUGGCCCUACAGUGAUUUAUCGUUGAUUACCAAACAUAUUGUAGCAGGUAUAACCAGGGUGAUGGAAUUAGCAAUAGCCGAGCCGUUUUUGGUACCCGUCGAUAUAAACGAAUACCCUCUGUACGCGAUGGUAAUCGAAUACCCAAUCGAUUUAUCGACGAUUAAAGCUCGAUUCGAAAACAAGUUUUAUAGAAGACUGACCGCGGCCCAAUUCGACAUAAGAUAUUUAGCCACGAAUGCGGAGAAAUUCAAUGAAAAACAUAGUAACAUCGUGAAACACGCCAGAAUUUUGACUGAAUUAUGUUUAAGAAUCCUCAGACAAUGCUCAGAGUACGUAGACGUACCUAGCCUUUACCACCGACUCGUCAGUUCGUACGAUUCUUCCGAAUCAGAAGAAGAAGCAGAAGCGCCAUCAACAAGUAAGAACUUGCGAACAGCAACGAGAAAAUCUACACACGAUCCGGACCAAUGGCAAGAAGAAGGAAUGAACCUCGUCAAUCAGUUGUGGACCAGCGAAGACGCAGGGCCGUUCAGACAACCCGUAGACAACACCGUAUAUCCAGAUUACUAUCAGAUUGUAAAAAGUCCAGUGGAUCUUGGGAUGGUUAAAGACAAGUUGUCAAAUAAGGAGUACAACAAUCCACAGUCGUUUUGUAUAGAUAUGAGGUUAAUAUUUUCCAAUUCUCGCUUGUAUACGCCCAAUAAGAAAUCCAGGAUAUACGACAUGACGAGUCGACUGUCCAGUACAUUUGAAGAAAGCAUGAAACAGAUUUUGUCCAAGUGGAGGACAGCGACGAGAAGGAAAAACCGUAGGAAAUCAAAUACUAGCGACAACGAGACUGACGCUACGACGAACUCUAGCUCAAGCAAAGAAAAAUCGGACACGGAGAACGGAGUAUCCAACGAUAGCGAUAACGUUUCCGCUUCGGGCCACAAAACAACCACUUACUCGGAAAGUAGCAGCAACAGUACUGUACAAACUAAGGAAAAAGUGACGAGAAGCAUGAGAACGCGUAAAGAUAACGAUGCAGGGGAAUAUCAUCCUCGAGAAGAACGGGGUCCUUCAACAAGAAGAAUGGGGUACGGAUCUCCUUCCGAAGGGUCUUCCUUCACGUGUAGCGAAGACGAGGGCGUAUACUACAAAAGAAAGAACACUCUGAGGCAAAGAUCCGCCAUGAAGAAGCCCAACACCUACGAUAGCUCUCAAUCGGAAGAAAGCGUUAGUUCUACGAGGAGAUCGAAGAGAAAACGGAAGAAAACAGAAAGUGAAAGCAGCGAUAAGUCGUCUAGUGGAGCCAAUGCCAGGCGAGAAGAAGAAGGCACCUUCAUUUCGGCCGUUAGCAGCAGAGGGAGAGUGCGCAAAAUAACGGAUAAAGCCAAAGCUUUGUUUAGAAGGAAGUAGAUUUUGUUCAAUUGUGAUUUUUUCCAAAAUGUUUAUAUUUUUUUAUAGUUGAGUGUUGGUACUGUGACAUGGAGCGUACUUUAUAUAUUUGACGCUGCACCAAGCUUUUAAGGUAAAUGUUGAGAAGAUCCGUACUGUUACAGUUUUGGUACUGCCGUACGUUUUUGUACUUACAGAGGUCGGCAUAAGUCAGGCACAAAUUUGCAUUAGGAGAAAAAAAUGUAGCGUCAAAAUUAAUUUUUUCAAAGAAAUUACAAAAGGGAUUCGAAAAAAGGUCGUCAUUUUUUGUCUGUACCAAUAGUGUGCUGAUAUUAAUUUUCAUUUUUAUUUUUAUACUGUUAGGAUUCUCACGUUUGAACCAUUAAAACAUUAGAAACAUUCGAGGAGCUCACUUUUGUUAUGUAGGAAUGUAGGAAGUGUGUGAAAAAUUUUUAAUGACUUAUCAUUUUUAAAUUAAAUACGUUUUUACUGACAAAGCUAUGUCAGAUAAUCCACCUUUUUCGACCGACUGGACACCAUGUGACUUUUAUCUGUUGUGCACGGAAAAUGUUAAAAGCAUUUUUUAUUAAUUUGUAGCUGUAAAAGAAAAAGCGAUUGAGCAUAUAAAACUUUCUUUAAAACAGUGAAAAAUUUGAAUAGAGCUCAGUUUUUUUUGUCCAGUAAAAUUUGUGUGAAGUAAUUCUCACUUUUGAAUCCAAAACAGUUGUGCUGACAAAAAUAUGUCAGAUAAUCAACCAAGGGCCACAAUGACACCAAGGGCUAAGAUUUCACAGUUUAAUAGCUGUGGCAGAAAAAUAGUCUCAAAAUAUGAAAAAGGAUAUAAAAGAAAUCUUCAAGCUUUCAAUAUAGCAAUGAAACAUAUGCACUAACGUGUGAACUUUUUAGAAAACAUUUGUACUAAUAAAAUUGGGUCAAAUAAUCCCCCUUCUUCAGCUCAUCUGACACCAUGUGAUUUUUAAUUAUUCACUAAGGAUAUAUCUUAAUCACUAAUACCAAAAUUCACAGUUUUACGUCUGAUAAAGGGAAGAAAAGGAGACAAAUUAUGAAGGGAGAUAUAUAAUAAGAAGUGUUCAAGCUGUAAUUCAAACAAUGAAAAAUUUGCACUGCUUUUUUCGUCGAAAAGAAAAUAUUUGUUUGUAAAAACGGUAGGUAGAAUUCGCAUUGUUUAACUCAAAAACGUUUAUACUGACCAAAAUGUCGGAUAUUCCACCUUAUUUGACUGAUCUGACACCAUGUGACUUUGCUUGUUCACCAAUGGUAAGUUUGUACUGUAAAGACUAAAAUUAGAAGUUUUACACACCUUGAUUUCCAAAUUGCUUCCUUUUUAUAUUGCGCAAAUGUUUCCCUCCUUUUAGAUACUCUUCUGACGUUAUUUUAACUUUGACUGCAUUUAAAAAAUGAUUUUAUUUCUGCCUUGUGUAUUAUCGUCUCUCAUGAUUAAAAUUUGUUUUUUCCUUUGUGUAUACCGGGUUGUGAAUUGGAAAACGGGCAAUAGGAAACUCAAUGUAAAAUUCUAAACCAGGGGUUCUCAAUCUGUGGUACAUGUACCACUGGUGGUACAUUUCAUUAGGUGCGGUGGUACACAAAACGCGAAACCACAGCCAAAAUCCAGCAUAUUUGUAGUUAAUUAAAUUACCUACCUCCAUAGAUACUUCAGUUAGGUACAGGGCCGCCGAGAGGGCGGUACAGCCGGUACAUUUUACCGGGGCCCGGCGAUGUAAGAGGCCCGGCGUCGACCAGACCAAAGACGUAAUUUUUCCCGUUUUUUUGCUGUUCUUUAAAUAUUAUUCGUAAAAUAUUUAAUAUUGUUAUACAAUAAGCAAUUUAACCAAAAGAUUUAAUGCGAAAAAUAAAACUGAUUCACUAUUUAAAAUUUUAUGGAUAUUCCGAGAUGAAGAUGAAGGCACUAUUAAAAAAAUUGAUAUAUAUUGCGCGAGUUUUAUAAAGAAGACAUCAGUGAAGAAUUGAUAGAUGAGAUUUUUUAUUUGAGAGCGAUGUACACGGAUAAUAUUGGUGAAUCUCAACUUUCUCCAAUAGAUUUGUUUAAUAAUAUUAAACAUCUCAAAUUUGAAUCGUUAUUGCCUUAAGAAUAUUUUGCACAUUACCGGUGACAGUCGCAGAAGCACAAGAUCCUUUAGGUUUCUUUUUCGCAUAAAAAGGCUAUGAGGUAAUGAUAGCUAUAAUGAAACAGGAUCGGUUAGCUGCCUAUCAACUUUGUGAAUUGGGAAUGAUUUGGCAAAGUCAUGCGAUUUUUGGAGAAUUAGAAACAUUUUUGCCUAUCCGGAAACUCGAAAAACACUGGUAUUAUAAAUAUUUUCACGAUUAUAAAUAUAAUCAAAAUUUAAUAAAAUUCAUAUUUGAAAUGUUUCUUAUUAUUUAUUAUUAAUAAUUUUAUUUCCAUAAAAAUUAAACAAGUUUUUUUUCCCGCCCUUGACAUUUUUUCCGGGGCCCGCUCAUAUCCCUCGGCGGCCCUGGUUAGGUGGUACCAAAAAUAAUUAUAAGCAUUUUGGUGGUACAUGGCUCAAAAACAUUGAAAACCACUGUUCUAAACUAUUGAAUUCCUGCUUCCCUAAUUAUUUUACAUCAAAAGACAUUAGAAACUAUUUGUAGAGGAUUGAAAUCUGUAUUAAAAUCAAAAGUUAAAAUUGUUCUACGAAUUAAACAUAUUCCGAAAUUUUGUAAAAAUGUAAUACAUUUUUCAGUUUUUCAGCCCAAAAUUAGGCCACACACAGUGCAAUAAUGUGUCACAAUGAAGUUAUUAUUUUCACAUUUUUGAACUGUCAAUAUUUUUAGUUUAUCAUUUAUUGUUUAAAAACAAUACAGUUGAUAAGAUACCCUCAGUUGCGGAGAAAGUAUUAAUAAUAAAGAGUUUUUAUUCAGUCAAUGGUGUGAGCACUGUCAGUUAAAUAGUAACGUGUGGCCCAACUUUUACACAUACCUACUGUGACAAAUGUAUUAUAUUUUUCAAAAUUUUGGAAUGCGUUUAAAUCGUAGAACAAUUUUAACUUUUGAUUUCAAUACAGAUUUCAAUUCUCUACAAAUAUUCUCUCAUGACUUUUGAUGUAAAAUAAUUAGGGAAGCAGGAAUCAACAGUUUAGAAUUGUACCGGGUGUCCCAAUAAGAAUGGCGCUCGGCUAUAUCUCAGGAACCGUUUAUAGUACAGCUUUGGGAAAAAAAUUUUAUAACAAAAGUUGCCUCGAGAAAAGCCUGGAAAUUAUUUUCAUAAUUGUAAGUCCACCGCUAGAGGGCGUAAUUGAAUAUCAAAAAUUAAAAAAUCGAAAUUUUACAAAAUUUGCCUAAUGAAAGGGCACUGGAAAUCCGAUUAUCGUAUUCUUAAUAAAAUUCUGCGCAUAUUUUAUUUCACAAGUUUAAGUCUACCUGUGCAACUAAGAGGUGGGGGUGAGUGGGAACCUUGUUAUGAAAAAAUCGCUGUAAGUCCCGAUCUGCUUAAUCGAUUUUUGCAAAAUUGGUCUUGUUGAAAACAGCUCUUUUUCAUCAAUGUAAUAGAUAUAAUUUGGAAAUAGCCUAUUACGUAAUAUGCGGCUAGGAGGCGCUAUUUAUUUUCUUUUUAGAAAUCUAGUUUUCUUUGGAAAAUAUGAAAUACAAGUAUGUAUUUUUUUCCUGUAUUACAAAAUAAGACCAAAUUAGCAACAGAAUACCGAAAACCGCAUGUCUCCUUUUUUUCUAUCUCGAGAUAUCUUAAGAAACGUGUAAAUUUUAAACAUAACUGUUGCCGUCAUAUAAGUGGAAAUAUAUAGAAGUAAGUAGUGUGCUAUGGAAAAAAACAAAGAAACAUUUUCCAGAUAUCACCGUAUAUAAUAAAUCAAAACAAAAUAUGAAAAACUCUACUACUGGGGUGACGUCUUUGGGGAUAUUUCAUUGCAUAUAUUCUAGCCGCAAAGAAUGUGGCUAUCAUGUCAAAUGCUUCUUAGUUUGUAAGAAUCAUCUUGAAUUUCACUCUGUAUAAAUUUUAUAUAAAAUUUAAUAGAACCAAAACCGCAACAAACCAUCAAUGAACAAAUUUUUAUGUUUUACUGAUUUGACACAUAAUUUGACACAUGAUGACUUUUUGAAUUUAAUACUUCUAAUAGUUCUAUUUUUUCCAUAGCACACUACUUGUUUCCACUUUGACUUCCUUAACUUAGUUUACCGGUGACAAUAACAGUUAUGUAUUUAUCUUAGUUGGGAAUAGGAUAAUUGAUAUUAAAAUGUAAUGAAAUAAAAAUUAAAAAUUUGUGUAGAAAAUCUGACGUUUUUACAUUUUCUACGAUUCAUCGAGAGAAAAGCAAAUGCGCGGAGGCAACAAUUCAUAAAAAUUUACAUAUUAACGCUAUUUUUUUGGUGUUAUUUUAAGUAUUAAAAUUAGUGUAAUAUUUAAAUAAAAAUAAAAUUAAACUUUGAAAUAUAUUUAUUUCGUUAAAAUCAUAAUAAUAGAAGUAUAACUUCUUACUCGCGUACAAAGUACACACACUCUUUUUUUGUUAUAUUUGAUAGUGUUAUUUGUCUUAUUGUUGUUUUGAUUCAUUAUAUACGGUGAAAUCUAGACAAUUUUCCUUUGUUUUUUUUUCAUAGCACACUACGUGCUUCUAUAUAUUUCCACUUACAUGACAGCAACAGUUAUGUUUAAAAUUUACACGUUUCUUAAGAUGUCUCGAGAUAGAAAAAAGAUAUCGACAUGAGGUUUUCGAUAUUCUGUUUCUAAUUUGGUCUAAUUUUGUAAUACAGGAAAAAAAAUACAUACUUGUAUUUAAUAUUUUCCAAAGAAAACUAGAUUUCUAAAAAAAAUAAAUAGCGCCUUCUAGCCGGCAUAUUACGUAAUAGGCUGUUUCCAAAUUAUAAGUAUUACAUUGACGAAAAAGAGCUGUUUUCAACAAGACCAAGUUUGUAAAAAUCAAUUAAGCAGAACCGGACUUACAGCGAUUUAUUCAUAGCAAGGUUCCCACUCACCUCCACCUCUUAUUUGCACAGGUAGACUUAAACUUGUUAAAUAAAAUAUGCACAGAAUUGUAUGAAGAAUACGAUGAUUUUAUUUCCAGUGCCCUUUCAUUAGGCAAAUUUUGUAAAAUUUCGAUUUUUUAAUUUUUGAUAUUCAAUUACGCCCUCUAGCGGUGGACUUACAAUUAUGAAAAUAAUUUCCAGGCUUUUCUCGGGGCAACUUUUGUUAUAAAAUUUUUUUUCCCAAAGCUGUAGUAUAAACGAUUCCUGAGAUAUGGCCGAGAGCCAUUCUUAUUGGGACACCCGGUACAUUGGGUUUCCUAUGGCCCGUUUUACGAUUCACCACCCGGUAUAUAGGUACUUAUAGGAUUUUUUUUUUAAAUAAUGGAUCCCUUCCAACGAGUCGCUCAUGUCUACGAUUAAAAAUCGUGUUCGCACUAUCUGUGUAGCAUGUUUUUAAAAAGCCUUUAUUUUGCAAAAUUAUUCUUUAAAAUGAAUUAAUUUUUUCGUACAAAAAAUAUAUUUAUCGUUGUAUAAAUACAUUGUUUUAUGGUCGAUUUCCAUUUUUGUGUUCAUUUCUUCGUUAUAGACUUUAUAAACGAAAAAUAAAUUUUACCAAAUUUAGUUUAUUUUAGGUGAUGUACAUUUCAUUAUCUCUUCCUUUUUUGUAUAAUCGUUGUUAAAUUGUUUAUUAUUAGAAGAUAUAAGUACUUGUAUUUUUUUUCUUAUAAAAUAAAUAAUACAUUGUAUACGUUUA